CUACUCCUAACGUAUAUCAGCCGGCCCGCUCUCUCUCUCUCUCUCUCUCUCUCAAACACAGAGACACUUUGAGUUUGACCCGUUGCCAGCCACCGGCACCUAUCUUCUCUCUACUCAAAUGGCGACCCCACCCUGCACUCUCUAGAGGAUCUUUCCUUUGUUGAGCCCUCUUUUUCUGAGCAUAAAGGUUAAAUAACAUUUCCUCUCCUUUCAUUUCUCUCUCUUUCCUACUCUGGAACCCUAGUUCAGAACAUCGGGCAAAGAAAGCGAGAAGAAUCACAGAACAAACUGAGGGAUCAUCUCAUGUCUCCAUACCUUCACCCUAGCUUCACCUUCGUCCGUCAUAAUUAACAUCUACCCGCAUAUUCUCUCGUCUUUUUAUGGAAACUUUUGCUGCAUGUGAAAGACAAGGAAAAGAUCUGCUUCCAUUGCAGAUCCGGGAUUCAAAGAUAUGGGCUUUCAUGUAAAGCUGGUUCAGAAGAUGUCUCUAUUCAUUCACUUCAUCGAUUCUUUUGCAGCACACUCAUAAUUUGCUGUCUCUCUCUCUCUCUCUCUCUCUCUCUCUCUCUGUGCAGCUUUCCCAACAUCAAUCACCUUCUCCUUCCAGGUUUCUUUAUUUGUAAGCUUUCACAUUGAUUUUCUUUGCCAUUUACUACCCUACUUUGUCUUUCUUUAAUUUUCAAGUUAGUUAUGGAUUCUGGUAGUAGUGGAAGUAUGCAAUCUUCUAGUGGUGGUGAUGAUCAAGAGUAUGAUUCACGGGCAGGGUCAGCCCCGGUCUUCAUGAAUCCUCCAAGUCACUAUGGUUCUAUGUCAAAUCUACAGCCUUUGAUUUUUUCUCCCCACCAAAACCACCAAUCCAAUUUGUUGGAUCUUUCAUCUAAUUAUACCCAUGCUUUCUCUCAAUCUCAAGCAAACUCCCAUCCCAAUUCUAUGCUACAUAAUAUUGAUGCGGUUCAAUCUAGAGGCCCCAGAUCUGAAGCCAAUUGCACUGGCCUUGGAAACGUACCACCCUCAUCAUCAUCAUCAAGCCAAUCCAUCUUAGCGGCUCGUGGACUUGACCGGGGUUCAAGUCCAUCAUCGAUGCAAAUACGACCUGUUCAUGACAAUGGCGCACGAGCUACAGCACAACCCAACGUAGUCCGCAACUCCAAGAAGCGAACUAGAGCUACAAGGAGAGCACCCACCACUGUUCUCUCCACCGACACCUCGAAUUUCAGGGCAAUGGUGCAAGAAUUCACUGGGAUUCCCUCACCACCCUUUUCAGGUUCAUCAGUACCCUACUUUCGCCGGUUUGAUCUCUUCGGCAAUAGCUCGGCCUUGCGGCCUGGUAAUUUGGAACCGGCUGGAGUUCUUCACCCUUUACGUCCUUCUGCCCAAAAGGUCCACUCAUCACCAUUUGUGUCUUCUUCUCCUUCUUCUUCAGCGUUCAACAAUACCAUGGGCGAUAUUGCUACCAACACCAAUACCUUAAAUAAUUUAUACCCGCAAGUCCCGUCCAAUCUAGGCUUUCCAAGACAGACUCGAAAUAUGCUGAAUGUGCAAAACCCAAUUCUCACAUUCCAGUCUCUCCCCCAGCCAUCUGUUCACCCUUCAUUCAAUGUGUCAGGAUUUGGUGCACCCCCUCCAGGAAGUGUAGGAAUACCAUCCCUUGAGGAGUUGGGUAUGAGCCAUGGACAUGUCAAUGUAAACCUUAGUGGGCUCCCAAAUCAUGAAGCUGGAUCGAACGAUGGGAACGAAGAUCGUCAUUUUAGGUCUUUGGAUGGGAAUUAUGGAAGUAAUUCGGCGCGUGUUGGUGGCUGUAAGUUGAACUACUCAACAUCUUCAUCAUCGGAUUUCAACCAUGAGAAAGCUUUAGGGAAUGUGUCUACGAGGGGGAGUACUGAAGGUACAUUUGAUUCGUGGAUUUGUCCGUCAGAUUAAUUUAGGAUCUAUAAUACUACACGAAUCACAGUAGUGUUUAAGUACGAUAUGAAUAGGGUUUUGGUGCUGCGAUAAAUGAAACUAGUAUUGGUGGUGUUGAUUAUUGAAUAAUUUAUGAUAUUGUGAUAUAAAGCUGAUGAAUUAGCCACCACGCCAUAGCCAGUAGUUUAAUUGGGGCAUCAUGUUAUCUUUUCUUUUAAUGUUUUUUUCUCUUUUCUUUUUCUAUUUAAACAAUCAUGAAUAAGUAAUUUGGUCAAAGAUGUGAGGCAUGCAUCAUUUGAUUUCAA